GAUGACGUCUGAGCGUUGAAUGACUCUGGCCUCGAUUAAAGGUGUUUUUCAUGUCGCGUCCUCCGCCAUGUUUUCAGAUCUUCAGAGAGGUGUGUAGCUCACAAGACACACGCACAGAGGAGGGCUUGCUGCUUUUUCAUUUGUUUGACCUCCUCUGCAAAAAUGCACGCCUCACCUCUAUUUCCUCAAGUUUCCUUACAACCCAUAACACCUUUCGAGCCGUAAAUCUGACAAGCCCUUCCAUGUUUGAGGGAAUUAACGGAAGAUUAUCAUUAGCUCUUCAAAACAUCUCGGAAUGUUCUCUAAAAAACCUCAUGGAGAUGUCAGGAAAUCGACACAGAAAGUGCUGGACCCCAAGAAGGACGUGCUGACGAGAUUGAAACAUCUGAGAAUUGUUAUUGAAAAUGCGGAGCCUACUGAACUCAAACACCUCUUUGAGCAGAAUUACUCCCACAUCUACUAUGUGUUCUUUGAAAACUUCGUCACCAUCGAGGUUAACCUGAAACAGAAAGGCCACAAAUCGCAACGUGAAGAGCUUGAUUCUAUUCUUUUUAUAUUUGAGAAAAUCCUACAGCUGUUACCAGAGCGUUUUUUUUAUUUUUUUAAAUGCUGCUGUCUCAUUCUGAAGAAACUGCUACACACUGGAAACUCCCUAAAGAUCCGGAGGGAAGGAGUGCGUCUCUUCCUUCUGUGGAUGCAGGCUCUGCAGCACAACGCUCUGAGAGAGCAGCUCUGGAUCUUCGCCUGUUUAAUCCCAGGAUUCCCUGCACCACAGUCCGAGCUGGGCCCUCGAACCCUGGAUAAUCUGAUCAGCCCUCCCCUUAACCUUCAGGAGCCUCAAGUGACUCCAGAGGAGAUCAGUCCCCUGGUGCCGCCCCAGUCAGGAGAUAAAUCCCAGGAAGAUCUCACUGGCUACUUCCUGGAGGCUCUACUUAAAUACAUGGUAAACCAGGCCAAAAGUCUAGAGUGGAAGUGCAAGGAGAACCACGAGAAGGGGUUGAAAUUCCUAUUCGCCAAUUUCAAAAAGUAUUACCUGCCCCAUAUCUUCCCGAACUUCUCCAAGGAGACCAGUUUGUACAGUCCUAUUCUGGAGGUUCCAUCCAUGAGACCAAAGCCUUACUACAUAGUUGUAAAAAGAGACCCAGAGACCAAUGAAGCCCUGUACUGCACUAAAGAGAACUUCCUCAAUGCCAGAGUCAUAUUUAUCCGCUGGCUGGUCUCCUUCUGGCUGGAGCCACGGUCAAACACAGGAACACACAUCCCUGGCAUGGAAGGUGAAAACGUGCCAAAGAACAUCCAGAGAGCGGCGGUGGGCCUGGCUGCCCGAGGGGAGGAUGGCGGCCCAUGGCCAGAUGGUCUGGAUGGGGGUGGGACUGGUGAGCCGGAGCAGUCGCACUCCAACACCAGCACCCUGACUGAGAGAGAGCCCAGCUCCUCCAGCCUUUGCAGCAUGGACGAAGAGCACCUCACAGACAUUGAGGUGGUGCGCCGGGUCCUUUGCUCCUCUAGAACCAACGUCAACUUUAUCACUGAAAUCUUUCGACAGACGUUUCUGCUGCCCAUGUGUGAGGCCGCAGCCAUGCGUAAGGUGGUGCGGGUGUAUCAAGAGUGGAUCUCUCAGCAGGAUAAGCCUGUGUUUAUGAGAGAGCCAGAGGAAGACCGAUUCACAGGCCAGCUGGACUCCACCCACGAGCAGAGAACUGAUAAAGAGGAGGAGGAUAUUGGGCUCACGGUGUCUGUUCACAGUCAAAACCCUAAUUGGUGUAGGAAUUCUGGGAGUAAAUCCUCUGAUUCUGAGGUGUUGGAGUAUAACGUCCAUGCUGGUGUCCAGGCCACACUACAGGUUUUCAUCACCAACUCCUCUAACGUCUUCUUUCUGGAGGCAGCCAAUGAGCUGAAGUCACUUCUGGAAGAGCAUGUUGACAUGUGCAAGCGUGUGCUCAAUAUAUACCGCAGUCUGGUCAUGCAUGAAACCAUGAACCAGAAGACCUGGGAGCAGAUCUUGCUGGUGUUGCUAAGGGUAACGGAGUGUGUGAUGAAGAGGCCUCCAUCUUUUAUGCCUCAUGGGAAGAAGAGUAACACUUUAUCGGGCCGUUUGGCGGGGGCCAUUUUUCAGACUCUGAUUGUGGCCUGGAUCAAAGGGAAUCUGAAUGUGUACAUCUCUCGGGAGCUGUGGGACGACCUGCUGUCUGUACUCUCAUCUCUCACCUGCUGGGAGGAGCUGGUCACUGAGUGGUCUCUCACCAUGGAGACACUCACCAAGGUACUAGCACGCAACCUUUACAGCCUGGACCUCAACGAGCUGCCCCUGGACAAGCUCAGUGAACAGAAACAGAAGAAACACAAAGGCAAAGGUGGAGCCCACGAAUGCCAGAAAAUCACUGUGGAUAGGUCGUUCUCCAAAGGCUGGAGUCGAGACCCACCAGGCCAAGCUGCUGCCAUGAGACAGCGCAGCGCUACCACUGCUGGCUCACCAGGCAUCGAGAAGGCCAGAAGCAUCGUCAGACAGAAGACAGUGGACCUGGAGGAACCUCCCAUGGUCCAGCGUGGGCCGCGGAUCCGCCACUGCUCUCAAAGUGAGGAGACCCCAUCGUCCGAGGUGUUUUCCACCUCCGGUGAGCUGGAGCAGCCCCCGCUCCCCCGCAGCAGCAGCACCUCUGACAUCAUGGAGCCCUUCAUCGCAGAACGGGUCAAAGCCAAUAAAGAUGAGCUAACGCCGAAGAUGAGGCCCAUGUCCAACGAUGCUGGCAGCAGCAACCCUAAUGUCAGUGACCUCAUGGAUGAGUUCAUUCAGGAAAGACUGAGGGCCAGAAGCACUUCUGGCAUGACGAGGCGUGGCAGUAGCCCAGGAAGUCUGGAAAUCCCCAAAGAUCUACCAGAGCUCCUGAACCGUCAGAACACCACGCGUCCUGCAGACGACCCCGGUGUGCCCUCUGAGUGGACCUCCCCAGGUAGCGCCAGUGGAAGUGACCUCAUAAGCUCUGACAGCCAAUCAGAUUCCUUCAAUGCUUUUCAGUAUGACAAAAAGUUUGAAAAUUUCAGCUUCCCCCCUGAAACGUGUGCUGUGGCCUAUGUGGAUCAGGAUAGUUUGGAAGGAGCAGGUCAGACCGCAGAGGAGCAGGAGCUUUCCAGUCUCACAACACUCCACAUCGACUCGGAGACCAGCAGCCUCAGUCAGCACGGCCUGUCUGCUGACACCGUCACCAUUACUGGUUCUGAGAGCGCAUCUCCAAUGCACUCUCUGGGAGGUUCACGAUCGCAGACGCCGUCCCCUGCCACGCUGACUUCUGAACACGUCCAGCAUAAAGACUUGCAGCUGGAUGAGAAAAUGCACCACUCUGUGCUGCAGACCCCUGAUGACCUUGAAACCAGCGAAUUUCCCACAGAGGACUGUAGUGUUAUGGCUGGCGGCACUCUGACCGGCUGGCAUGCUGAUGUUGCCACAGUGAUGUGGAGGAGAAUGCUUGGCAUUCUGGGAGAUGUCAACUCCAUCAAGGACCCUGAGAUCCAUGCACAGGUCUUUGACUACCUCUGCGAGCUCUGGCAGAACCUGGCCAAGAUCAGAGACAAUCUCGGGAUUUCCCUUGACAACCAGUCGUCUCCACCCCCACCAGAUCUGAUUCCACCUCUGCGGAUUCUGACUCCCUGGCUUUUCAAAGCCACUAUGUUGGGUGAACGCUAUAAGCAGGGCAAACUCCACGCCUAUAAGCUCAUCUGUAAGAUAAUGAAGAGAAGACAGGAUGUUUCACCCAACUCUGACUUCCUUACGCACUUCUACUACAUCAUGCACUGUGGCCUGCUUCAUCAAGACCAGGACAUUGUGAACACCAUCAUUAAGCACUGCUCACCACGAUUCUUCUCUAUUGGUCUUCCGGGAGCCACAAUGCUCAUCCUGAACUUCAUAGUGGCAGCGAGCCGUGUAACCGCCUGCUCGUCCCUCAAUGCUCCACGGGUGGAGGCUCAGAUCUUGUUGGGCUCCCUGGUGUGCCUCCCAAACUUGUACAGUGAACUUCCUGCCCUGCACCCUACAACAGCUGACAUCCUCAUGACGAAAUUCACAGAUGUCAAGGAGCAUAUAAUCAAGCAUAUCCUGACCUCUGCCAGAGAUGAGCCUUCUGCACCAGCGAGGUCUGUGGCUCUCUGUAGUCUGGGUAUUUGGCUCUGUGAAGAGCUGGUUCAUGGCACUCAGCAUCCGCAGAUCAAAGAAGCGCUCAAUGUCAUCUGUGUCACUCUCAAGUUCUCAAAUAAAACUGUUGCCUUGGUGGCCUCUGACAUUCUGCACCUGCUCAUAAAUUAUGUGGACGAACUGCAGAAAUUCCCACCAGACACUCCAAAGAAAAUAGUGGAGGUCCUUAUUGCAACCAUCACUUACCUUCUUCCAGCCACAGAGUCUUCCCCUCAUGAGUUGGAUAAGAGGCUGGUUGUGUCUCUGCUGCUGUGCUUGCUGGACUGGGUGAUGGCUCUACCUCCAAAAACUCUCCUGCAGCCGGUCCAAAGAGCCUCAGACAAUGAGAAAACUGACAAAUCCGUCCUUAGCUGCAUCUAUAAAGUCCUCCAUGGCUGUGUAUAUGGGGCUCAGAGCUUCAGCAACCCCAAUUACUUCCCCAUUCACCUGUCAGACUUGAGCAGCCCAGACUACGACCCCUUCCUGCUACUGGAGAACCUGAAGGAGCCAGAGCCGCUCCAUUCACCUGAAUCUGAACGCUCCUCUAAACUGCAGCCCGUCACUGAAGCGAGGAGCCGUAUUCAGCAAGGCCUGAUUUCAAUUGCGGCACGCACGGUCAUAUCCCACCUGGUCAACCACCUGGGUCACUAUCCGAUGAGUGGUGGUCCGGCCACUCUGACCAGCCAGGUAUGCGAGAACCAGGAUAACCCAUACAGCGAGAGCACAGACCUGACCCCUGAGCUUUUCGACGCACCCAACUUGCAGUUCUUCGUGCUCAAUGGCACCACCCUGCUGUCCUAUCUACAGAUCCGGGCAGAAGACGGCUUGCCCGGUGGCGGGAUGUCAGCUGGCCUCACCACCACCAGUGCCUGCGUUCGGGUGAUCGUGAGGGACAUUUCCGGAAAACACUCCUGGGACUCAGCUAUACUGUAUGGUCCACCUCAAUGCAUCACUCCCAGUCAAACUUCGCACCUCUACUCAUCCUCUAAUCAAGCAGGGGGUGGUAGCGAACGUGGCCGAGAUGAGGACAGUCUAGAAAGAGGCGGUCAAGAAGAACCAGAGGAUGAAGCUUUUCAGGAGAAUGAAGAGGACCUGGAUGAGGAAGAGGUGAAAGAAGACGGGGAGGAGGAAGAACUUGAGGAAGUGGACGAAGAGGAAGAGGCAGGGCUGGAACUGAUGGCCCCACAGGCCAAACGGCAGUGCAGAGAGGUGAUCCCAAGCUGGGACUCCCUGCAGGAUGGGGAGGACGCCCUGGAUGAGAUGCUGCAGUACCUGGGAUACUCCAGCCCAGAGUGCCUGCAACGUACUGGCGCACCGCUCAACAUUCCAGCCCCGCCGCCCACCUGCGUGUCUGAGAAGCAAGAGAACGAUGUCAUCAACGCCAUCCUGAAGCAGUGUGACGAAGAGCGGGAUUUUGCACUCUAUCGUGGGAAUGACCUGAACAUGAGGGCCGUAGUGCAGCAAGAGCCAAGCCCACAGAGACCCCAGUUGGCCUUCUACUACUGCAAACUUCUCCUCAACAUACUGGGCAUGAACUCCUGGGAAAAGAGGAACAGUUUCCACCUGCUGAAGAAGAACGGAAAACUACUGAGAGAACUGAAGAAUCUGGAUUCAAGGCAGUGUCGUGAAACACACAAGAUUGCUGUGUUUUACGUGGCAGAGGGACAGGAAGACAAGCACUCGAUACUGUCCAACACAGCCGGGAGUCAGGCCUAUGAAGACUUUGUCUCAGGCCUGGGGUGGGAGGUGAACUUAACGAGUCAUUGUAGUUUCAUGGGCGGCCUGCAGCGGAACAAGAGCACGGGUUUGACCAUGCCCUACUUCGCCACCUCUACAGUUGAAGUCAUGUUCCACGUCUCCACACGCAUGCCUCCGGACUCAGACGACUCGCUCACUAAAAAGUUAAGGCACCUGGGUAAUGAUGAAGUGCAUAUCGUGUGGUCCGAGCACUCGCGGGACUACCGGAGAGGCAUCAUUCCUACUGAGUUUGGAGACGUGCUCAUCAUCAUCUACCCCAUGAAGAACCACAUGUACAGCAUCCAGAUCAUCAAAAAACCUGAGGUGCCAUUUUUCGGUCCCUUGUUUGAUGGAGCCAUAGUGGAUGGAAAUAUCUUACCCACAGUGGUGCGAGCCACGGCCAUCAACGCCAGCAGAGCUCUGAAAUCCCUCAUCCCUCUCUACCAAAAUUUCUACGAAGAGAGAGCAAGAUAUCUGGAGACGAUAGUCCAGCACCACUUGGAACCGACAACAUUUGAGGACUAUGCGGCUCAUGUUUUCUGCCCUGCACCUUUCCACCAUCUUCCCUCUGAAGCAGGCUCAUGCCUCGAGAGUCAGCUGGCCGAAAGUCCAGCAAUGCAGGUAGACGGGAGCGACUUAGCCUCGCCAAUAUCACCUCGUGCUAGCAAGAGCCGGAUGUCCAUGAAGCUGCGCCGUUCCUCGGGCUCCGCCAACAAGACUUGACCUGAGUGAGCAAACACACACUUCACUGCAGAACUCUGCCCACUGCACUGUCAGAGACAAACCACACCCUCUUGCCUGCAGUAGCCACACCCCCAAUGCUGUCUGGCUCCUCCCAUACAGAGCCAGAGUGAUCAAAGACAACUUGAAAUGUUUUUUUUUUUUUUUUUUUUU